UACUUUGCAUUACCAAUUACAUUCACUAGUAACCAUUAUUCAGUGCAUCUAAAAUACUAAACCAAAAGUAUUAAAAACAAUCAUGAAUCGUUUAAUCUUCUUCACCGUCGCACUCUCUUUAGUCUUCACGACCGCCAAUACACAAAGUGAGUCAGACAACGAAGUCGAUACCGAAAUUUCGGAAGAGCCUACUACAGACGCCGAUACCACCAAUAAUUCCACGUAUUAUACCACUGAAGAUUUACCUAGUUUAGAUUUAACUAACAGCGAAUCAUUCGAAGCACGGGAAGAUGAAAUGGCUACCGAAAUGGCCUUUAUGAUAACGUUCAUUACAAAGGCCUUCGCAGAUAUGUCAAGAAUUGCAGAAAACAUGAAAAGUAUGAGCAAUAAAUCGAAUAUUGAUGAAGCUUCAAUGAAAAACCUUGUUAAUCAUCUGGUAAGUUUUAAGGAAGACGAUAGUACAAUGGAUGAACAAAUCAAACGUGUAAUGGAAUAUAGACAGCAAUUCAAAUCCGCAAUUCUAAAACAUUUAAAAAAUAUGCCGAUUAACAUUGAAGAUGCAAAAAAAAUGGAAAAAGAACUGCGUAAUCAAAUGAAUCAACGAUUGCCGAGCAUCCCAACUUCGGAGAACAUAAUGGAUCUUCCUGCAAGUAUGCAAAAUAUACUUCCAAAUUAAAUUUUAAAAUGUAUUUUGUAAUUGUACUUUAAAAUUUGUUUUCAAUAUUAUCAACUGUCAUUCUCUCGUUUUGGUCAUAUUUAAAUAAAAUAUAAAAUAGUUUUAACCAAUA